GGCGUCCAGUCGACAGUACACUGCGCUGUCUUUUCAAGACUACUCGACGAGGAACUCUUGUUCUUUAAUUUGAAUCGGGCCUCAAGUUAAUGCUCUAGACUAGGGGCAAGCAAAAUGUGUGACGUAUGCUCAAAUGAGGUUCAAAUUAGAACGAGUUUAUAAUUGUCUGGAUGAUCAAGCAUGCAACGAAAGAAAGAGUCAACUUCGUGCAUAGGGUGACGAAUAAUGCAUACAUUUUAGAUGCAGCAGCAUAUCGCGAUAUAGAUAAGACACCUGUUUAUUGUGAGAACACUUUCGCUUUAGUUGUGUUUCGACUGUAUCGCUGGGGAACUGUCUUGUCACGCUGAGAACGACAUUUUAAUUUUAUUUCUGAGUUUCGAUAUUAACGUGCAUGCACACUGGUGCAAACAUGGAGAAUGAUUGCGAUAUUAACGAUCAAAAGCAAGACRUCAAGAAGACAGGGUGGUGUUUUGAAAGGACAUGUUCAGCAYUAACUGUGGAUGAUGUAUACGAAAUGGCUAAAUUGAUUGGCUCGGAAUUGGAAAAACUUAUUGACAGCUACGGUAAAGAGAGCGCCACAGUACUGCUGCCUCAAAUAGUCAAAGUUCUAGAGCUUUUGGAGAGCUUCGCCUCGCGGAACAAUGCACACAAGUCAAAAGAAGAAGAAUUACUCAAAGCAUUUGAAACGCUACAUGUACAGAAACAGAAGAAGACGAGAUCUGUGAAAGAAUACGACGAAARCAGAAAGAAUGAAAUACAGCGGGAGGUGCAGCAGCAGGAGGAGGCAGAGAAGCAGAGGAGCAGGUGCGAGGAGCUGCAGGCCCAGGUGUUACAUCUACAGACGGAGAAUCAAGAGUUACAGAGCUGCCUGGGCAACCAUGCCCAGGAAGUCCAACGGCAGGAGCGGGAGGUGAUGCUUAAACUGAAGGAAGUGGUUGACAAGCAGAGAGAUGAGCUGAGGGCCAAAGUACAGCAGAUAGCCAGCAUGUCUAAAGAGGUGGAGGCGCUGCAGGAGCAGUUGGAGCGCUUCAUGAAGAUGAAUGGGGAGCUGAGACACAAGCAGAGCAUCAUCACGGCCCAGGUGAAGAAUGCUGUGGAGAGGAAGGCUGACAUGGAGGCAGACCUCAGAGAGAAACAGAAAGAGAUAGAACGCCUCACCACCCAGCUGGAAAAGGCCAACGCUGCUGCUGGCAUGGCCAGUCCAUGUAGGACAGAAGUGGACCUGACAGGCAAGCUGGUGAUAGACCUUAAGGACCCCAACAGACCCUGUUUCACCAAACAGGAGGUCAGAGAGAUGCUGACAGAGAGGAACGAGCUCAAAGCCAACCUGUUCCUGGUGCAGGAGGAACUCUCCUUCUACCAGAGGGAGAUCCUGAAUGAUGAGCGAUGUCCAGGAUUCUUGCUGGACGCUGUACGUUCUGCCAUAAAGAAACAGAAAACUGUCAUCAAGGCCAAGAUGCUGGGCAUGCCAGAGGACGAAUGCAGCAGUGAUGACGAGAAAGGCCCCCUGUUUGAGAGGAGAGCAGAGACAGAAACCGAGACAGAUASCACUGACAGCAAACCACAAGAGUCUCGCAUCAGGAACCUCUUUGGCUUCCUGACUCGCUCCGGCAGCAACCACAGCAGCCGUAGUCCCAAUGAAAACAAGGCUGCUUCUUCCUGGGAAAUCAUCGAUGACACCAAGACCACCACGGAGACAGAAACCAGACGAUCACCAUGACAACCCUCAACACCCGUCCAACUACACUUGUCCUCCAUUCUGUUCAGUUAUCACUGGAUGUUUCAUACUGGUUAGGUCUCCACAGCAGCCCUAUGAAAGGAAGAGCCUUCUCUCAUGCCUUCCCUCUUUCUUUUUUACUACCCCCUCAUCCUUGCUCUACGUACCUUUCUCUUUCUCUCCCUCUGUUUCUCUCAGGAAUAGGUUCAGAAUGGUGAAAUGGCCAACGGUACACUUUGCAUUGACAAUAACCAUGCAGGACAUUAUUAAGAGGAAAAUCUCUGUUGAAUCUCUGAAGCAAAUUUGUAUUGCGAUAUUUUAUUAAAGAUUUUAAGAUGUAUUUUGACCACAGCAAUCAUUAGUAAUCGCAGGAACACAUUUGUGCCACAAGAGGGCAUCCUAACUAUUAACAACCAUGGUGGACUUCCAUGUGUUUAACAUUUUACCUAGUGUGUUUUUUUGUUGUUGCCAUGCCUUGUGGUUGCUGUAAUUCUAAUUCUCUGUCAUGGACAUGGUGUGAGUUAUAGGGAACGUUUUGCAGUAAAGUACACUGUGUGUUGAUUCUGACCCUGAAUGUAUUGCCUCAUAGUAACAGUCAUUUAUUGAUUAGACUUUAUAUUCUUAACUAUCAGCUCAUCUCACGUAUUAUCAGCUCAGCUCAUCUCACGAGUCUUAUUAUGAGUUCAAUCAUKUCUUCCCCAGGACCAUGAAUUGGGCAUUGGGGUUGAUUGUUAUGUAUGUGUCUGCCAAGUGUGUGUGUGUGGUGUGUGUGCCUGUCUGUCUGUCCUGUCURUCUGUGAGUGUUCACUGGGGCACCAGCACCUGUACGUUGGUUACUGUACAUACAGAGGAAGUGUGUGUUUCCUUGAAAGGAAAUGGUGUGUGUGCUCUCACGCUCCUUCCAUCUCACCAUGUCGUUAAACACACACACACACACAACAAUGGCUGCCGCUGCCCUCUACCAUAUCUUAUCGGUACUCAAACCUCUCAGACUCUGAUGUAGUUUUCUGACAUUCUAAAUGAAUGCUGUUGGUGAUAGUGUGGAAUGACGUAUUUUCCAGCAACACUGUAUGUACAUUUAAUUUUUGUAAGGAUGACUGUUUUUAAAUGGAGAAGCUUUUGUGCUACAAAAACUAAAUAAAUAUCUGACAUUAAA